CCCUACAAACUCAUCGGAUGGAGGCGGGGAGUUCUCUACUCGAGGACACACGGGGUUCACACUCGGACGCAGAGAAGACCACAAUGAAUUAAACUCUGACAGAAUAAGGUUGGAUUCUUGUGAAGUACAGGAAGGAGCAUGCUCAUCAAUACACUAUUUUUUGUUCCUUCGCAGUUCUAUCUCGUUUGGAGAGACAAAGAAAAACAUGUAGCCAAUUUCUGAAGCAGACAUUUCUUCUCUUGCAAUAGGCGCACGUCGACUUCGGAUGGUUCGGGAAAAGUCGUUCGCUGCUUUGAAGCGUACUAACGAGUAAUUACAUUAUUAUUUGCGGUGACGAAAAUUGAGGUUUGAUAACAAUUAAACUAUAUUUUCCACACACCGCUAUUUCGUCUGAUGUUUGGACGGAUAUCAUUGAGUCGAAACUAUGGAUACAGAAUGUUGGAUUCCUUCACGGAUUGACUAAGGGACGCGCCGCUGCUAAGGAAUACCAACACCAGGGAAACAAAAGCUCAUCACUGUUCGCAAAGUCUGCAGGAAUGGAGCCUCCCAUAGUUUUACUGAUCAUUACGGCUUUCGGUUGGGGUGAGGGGUCGCCCCUCCACUACUCAGAGGGCCGCUCCAACCGUCUGCUGUCCCUGGAGAAGAUGUUUGGUCGUCCUGCUAAAGACUCCCAGUGUCACCACAUGUUGAAACACCUCCACCACGGGGCCCGCAUCACCAUCCAGAUGCCCCCCAACAUAGAGGGGCACUGGGUCUCUACCAGCUGUGAGGUGCGUCCUGGCCCAGAGUUCCUGACGCGGUCGUACCGGUUCUUCCCCAACAACACGUUCCAGGCCAACCAGUUCUACUACGGGGACAACCACUGCACCAACCCCACCUACACCCUGGUAGUCCGGGGACGGCUGAGGCUUAGACAGGUCUCCUGGAUCAUCAGAGGAGGGACAGAGGCUGACUACCAGCUCCACCACACACAGGUGGUCUGUCACAGUGCGGCCGUGGCCAAGGACCUGAGCCAGCGGUUCAACCAGAGCUGUCGCGGGAGUAUUAAAGCGCCCUGGGAACCCAACAUCAGCUAUGAGCUGUGGAAUGAGGAGGGCUGUGACCAUUCCAGAGAAAUCAACUUCUCCAUGCACGAGCUACAGCUGCUGCGUGUGGUGAAACAGUACCCUCAUCAUAACCUGGACCACCUGGUUGAAGAGCUGUUCCUGGGAGACAUCCACACUGAGGUGGCCCAGAGGAUGUACUAUAGACCUUCUAGUUACCAGGCCGCGCUGCAGAGUGCCAAGAACCAUGACAACGGCUGCAUCGCUUGUCGUAUCAUCUACCGGUCAGAUGAGUUCCGCCCUCCCAUCCUGGCGCCGCGGGCGGACAUGACAGUGGGGCUGUAUGGCCAAUGGGUGAGCCAGGGCUGCGAGGUCCGCCCUGAGGUCCUCUUCCUGACCCGUCACUUCAUCUUCCAUGACAACAACCAGACCUGGGAGGGUCACUACUACCACUACUCUGACCCCGUCUGCAAACACCCCUCCUUCAGUAUCUACGCUAGAGGGAGGUACAGCCGAGGGACGCGUUCAACCAGAGUUAUGGGAGGCACGGAGUUCGUCUUCGAAGUGAACCACAUGCGUGUGACACCCAUGGACCUCGCCACCACCUCCCUCCUCAACGUGUUCAACGGUAACGAGUGUGGCACCCAUGGUUCCUGGGAGGUCGGAGUUGAACAGGACGUCACCCUGACCAAUGGCUGCGUGGCGUUGGGGAUACGCCUGCCCCACACAGAGUACGAGCUGUUCCGGAUGGAGCAGGACGCCCACGGACGACACCUCCUCUACAACGGACAGAGACCCUCCGACGGGUCCAGCCCCGACCGGCCGGACAAACGAGCGACCUCGUACCAGAUGCCCCUGGUCCAGUGUUCCGCUAGCAGCCGGAGGUCAGAGGUCAUGGGAGGGGAAGAUGAGGACCAUCCCCUGAGGCUGAGUAAUGGUGGAACAAGAAUGACGUGGAACCAGAACCGGAAGGAUGCUGUUGUGGUUCUGACCGCGCUGGUUCUGUUGUCUGGGUUUUCAUAGUUAAAGAACAGACCUACUGAAACGGUCUGGGUUUUUGUACAUAGAGACACUGACUGACAAGAGGAAUUCUAGUGUGUAGAACUGUGGACUCUAAUCUGACUCUACCCUGAGGGAAAGGAGACUGCUAGUUGCCUUUGACGCACUUGAACUUUUGAAAUCUAUUUUUUUUGCCUCUUUUAAAACGCGAUGGAAGCGUUUUUAAAAGACAAGGUGGAGAGAGGAGAGCGAGUGGAGACUAGUUCCUUUGAUGCAUCUGUUGCUUUGAACUUACCACAGAGGUGACAUCACAAUAACUGCUCUUUAGUAAAGUGCAAAUGGAGAACUAUAAUUAUUAUUAUUAUUAUUAUAGAACUAUAGAUGUUUAUCUACGGCUGCAUCCAUUUCAGACACACCCUUUAUGUAUCCACACAGACAGGAGAUUAUGUUUUAUACAACAUACCUUAACAAAAUAUCAAGUUUCUUCUUGGUACUACAAAUAGAUUAAAUAAGAUGCGUUAUUUUCAACAAUGAAAUAUAAAGAUCGCAAAGAACGUUUGCUCUCAUGUACACCCUACAGGGUCCCCUGUAGCUCAGUUGGUAGAGCGUGGCGCUUGCAACGCCAGGGUUGUGGGUUCGUUUCCCACGG